UUUGUUUACGUUGCGUGUGUGUUGGUUUCGGCACGCCGACUGGCUGGUUGUGUAACGUAAAUUGUAAAUAACAAAAUGAACUGAUUUGCAUGGUUCGAAACUGAAUGAUGGUCUUGACAAAGAUUGGCUCGUUUUAUGCUCUCGUUAGUGUUAAUCUGCGGAGGCGGUUCACUGCCGGUGUUCAGCAUCACUGUCUUCACACAACCGCCGGUCGGUUGUCGGACGACAUCGAGUACGAUGAGAUACCGGUGUCUCGAAUACGCAACUUCAGCAUCAUUGCCCACGUCGACCAUGGGAAGAGCACGCUGGCGGACCGAUUGUUGGAAAUGACCGGCACGAUAGCGAAGCACUCGGGCAAUAAGCAGGUGCUGGACAGCCUGCAGGUCGAAAAGGAGCGCGGUAUCACGGUAAAGGCACAGACGGCAUCGCUCAUCUACCAACAUGCGGGCCAUCACUACCUGCUGAACCUGAUCGACACACCCGGGCAUGUGGACUUUUCGAACGAGGUGUCCCGUUCGUUGGCAGCUUGCAACGGUGUCAUACUGCUGGUCGACGCUAACCAAGGCGUACAGGCACAAACGGUCGCAAACUAUCAUCUGGCUCGCUCGAAGCAGCUCGUCAUUGUGCCAGUUUUGAACAAGAUCGAUCUUAAAAAUGCUCGCCCGGAGGCCGUUUGUAACGAGCUGCUAACGCUAUUCGACAUCGAUCCGGACGAGGUGCUGAAGGUGUCGGCCAAGCAGGGCACUGGGUGCGACGAGGUGCUUGCCAGCAUUGUCAACCGAUUGCCUGCACCGGACGCGAAUCGGGAUGCAAAUUUUCGGGCCCUGAUUUUCGACAGCUGGUUCGAUAAGUACCGCGGCGCGCUGAAUCUAAUUUACGUCAGAGACGGCGAGGUAAGCACCGGGCAGGAAAUCGUUUCGUGUCACUCGGGCAAGGCGUACGAGGUGAAAAGCUUAGCGCUGCUGCGACCGGACGAGCGGAAGGUGGAUCGACUGGUGGCGGGACAGGUGGGUCUGCUCGGGUGCAACAUGCGCACCAGCAAGGAAUCGCAAAUCGGUGACACACUGUACCUGAAGAAGCACAAGUCGUGUGUCCCAUUGCCGGGUUUUAAACCACAGCAACCGAUGGUGUUUGCGGGCGUGUAUCCGCCGGACCAAACGCAGCAUCCCGUGCUGAAAAGUGCCAUCGAGAAGCUGGUGCUGAAUGAUUCGGCCGUUACCGUAACACCGGAUUCCAGCCCGGCGCUCGGGCAGGGAUGGCGUCUCGGCUUUCUGGGCCUGUUGCAUUUGGAUGUGUUCAGCCAGCGGUUGCAGCAGGAGUACGAUGCCGAACCGGUCCUGACAGCACCGUCGGUAACGUACAAAAUCAAACUAAAAGGCACCAAAGCGAUGGCUGCGCACGGUGGCAAUGAGAUUGUGCACAUCAGCAAUCCGGCCCUGCUGCCCGACCGAACGAUGGUGGAAGAGUACUAUGAACCGUACGUGCUGGGCACGAUCAUAGCGCCGACCGACUGUGUCGGUGCAAUUAUUGGGCUGUGCGUGGAACGGCGAGCGGUGCAGAAAACGUCCAUCAACAUCGAUAACGAUCGAAUCAUGACCACCUAUCUGAUGCCGUUGAACGAGAUUGUGCUGGAUUUUCACGAUCAGCUGAAAUCCCUCAGCUCCGGGUACGCGAGCUUCGAUUACGAAGAUCACGGGUACGUGGAGACUAACAUCGUGCGGAUGGAUGUCCUGCUGAACGGGCAGAUGGUGGAUGAGCUGUGCACCAUCACGCACACCAGCAAGGCGCAAAGUCAUGCGCGAGAGUUGGUGCUUAAGCUGAAGGAGCUUAUCCCGCGGCAGAUGGUGCAGAUCGCUAUACAAGCGGUAGUCGGCGGGAAGGUAUUGGCACGCGAGACUAUCAAGGCGUACCGGAAGGAUGUUACGGCUAAACUGUAUGGCGGAGACGUUACCAGGCGAAUGAAGCUGCUCAAGCAGCAGGCGGAGGGAAAGAAGAAGAUGAGAUCGAUUGCAAACAUCAAUGUUCCCAGGGAUACGUUUAUAAAUGUGCUGAAGCGAUAGAGUAAUUAAUGCCGUAACGUAGAAUAACUACAGACGGCAAUGAAAAUAAAACAACUAACUUAAUGGAUUCUCAAAUCCGUUGCGAAGAUCUA